GCGGUGGUCAGCGAUCAAGCCCCAGCCCCGGAAUCACCAUGCCUCGCUCCUUUCUAGUCAAAAAACAUUUCUCCACCAGCAAGAAACCCAACUACAGCGAACUGGAGAGUCAGACAGUGAUUGUGUCCCCCCACUUAUAUGACCAAUCGUACCCGAUGUUGGCCAUUCCAGCACCAGAGGUUCUCAGUCCAGCAAUAUGUUAUCCUCCACUGGUCUGGGAUAGUGGGCUGCUCUCUAGCUUCUUUACUCCCAUGCCAGCGACUGCUCCUGGACCCCCAGAAGAGCCCAAGGCCCUGGACCUGACUUCUCUGUCCAGUGAUGAUUAUGACAGUGGCAAGGGAUCAGAUCCCCCAAGCCCAGUCUCCCAGGAAGAGGAGGCAGAGAAAUUUUCCUGUGGUCAGUGCCCUGAAUCCUACACCACUUUGCCUAGCCCCUCCAAACACCAGCAGCUCCAGCACAGUGAAGACACCCAGCCGAGGAAGUCCUUCAUCUGCAAGGUCUGUGAGAAGGAGUACGUGAGCCUCGGUGCCCUCAAAAUGCACAUCCGAAGCCACACACUGCCCUGUGUCUGCAAGAUUUGUGGGAAGGCCUUCUCCCGACCGUGGCUAUUGCAGGGUCACAUCAGAACCCACACAGGGGAGAAGCCAUUCUCCUGCACGCACUGCAGCCGCGCCUUUGCCGACCGUUCCAACCUCAGGGCCCACCUGCAGACCCACUCAGACGUCAAGAAGUACCAGUGUAAAAGCUGCUCCCGGACUUUCUCUCGCAUGUCCUUGCUCCACAAGCAUGAGGAGACGGGCUGCUCUGGCUCCCGCUAAGAGACUGCACACUGAGGGAGAUCCCGUGCUGAAGGUGCCCCCGCUGCUGCCUCGAACUCUCUGCCCGGAGACUCUCCCCAUGUUGUGAAAGAGCCACGCCAAUAUUUGCCAUGAUGAUUUUUCAAGGAAAAAAAAACCCGGUUCUAUAUAGCUCCCUCUGUGCUAACUCCAGCUGAGGAGCAAUA